UGACAUCAAAGCAUACUAAACUAACACCACCUCACACCCUUAGCAAAAAAAAUUAUCUUUAUAAAACCUUCUCCAUACAUACAAAUCUAAGAGCCAUGGUUGUCUUAUCACAGCCAGUAGAACAUGUCAACUUCCCUGCCAUCAAGUCAUGCAAUGGCAACUCUACCCAUAUUCCAGUUAAUGUUGAUCUCUCCAAUCCUGAUGCUAAAACUCAAAUAGUCAACGCAUGUCAAGAGUUCGGCUUCUUCAAAGUCAUAAACCAUGGGGUUCCGAUGGAAAUAGUCACCAAAUUAGAAGCUCAAGCCCUCAGUUUCUUCAAGCAGCCUCAGAACCACAAAAACAAAGCAGCUCCGUUCGGUUAUGGAAACAAGAACAUUGGCCGCAAAGGCGAUACUGGUUGGGUUGAAUACCUUCUUUUCGGCACUGAUACUCAACUCAUUUCACAGAACUCCCUCACCAUUCUCCCCAAUGAUUUCUGGGCUAUGGUGAACAAAUACCUGUCAGCGGUAAAAAAUCUGGCUUGUGAAAUAUUGAAACUAAUGGCUGAGGAACUGAACCUCCAGCCAAAAAAUGUGCUGAGCAGGUUGCUCAGCGACAAAAAAAGUGAUUCAUUUUUCCGGAUAAAUCACUACCCGGCCAGUGACCGAAAUGAGCUCGGUUUCGGAGAACACACGGACCCGCAAAUAAUAUCAGUCAUAAGAUCCAACAACGCUUCAGGCCUGGAAAUUGCUCUGAAAGAUGGCACUUGGACUCAAGUUCCGGCUGAUCCCAGCUCUUUCUUUAUCACUGUUGAUGACUGCCUACAGGUAAUGACUAAUGGGAGGUUCAGAAGUGUGAAGCAUAGAGUCAUAACAGAGAGUCUGAAAGAAAGACUGUCGAUGAUAUACUUUGGAGGGCCACCAUUAAGUGAAAAGAUUGCACCAUCAACUUCACUCAUGCAAGGAGAAGAAAGUUUGUAUAAAGAGUUCACAUGGGGUGAAUAUAAAAAAGCCGCGUUCAAUACCAAGUUAGCUUUUAACAGGAUUAGCUUUUUUGAAAAAUCUCCUUCUUGAUUCCAUCAAGUCAACCCACCAACUAACACUACACUUGGUAGCUAUAUAAAAUUAUUGUGUUUUUUCUA